CAAAACAUGCUACGGUAGACCGGGCAGGGUAGUCAGCUACCGUCUGUAAAAUAAUAUAUAUAUUUUCCCCACACUCAAAGAAGGAAGUUUUUUCAAAGGAUGCGUCUGAAUUUGGACACCCCAGCCUUCUAAUUCCCAAGCCCUUCCUCCGCGCACCCCCAUGCUUCCAUCUGCUUCCGUUCCAAAGACCCCAACAACUCCUCUUUUCCAAUGAUGGCUUCUUCCCACCUCCUCGCCCACCAUUUCUGGCUCUCUCACGCCAAUGGAUUUAAACCCCCAAAACUCUCCAAGAACGGGCCAUGCUACUUCCACCCAAAGACCGCCUUCAGGGGAAGCCCAUCAUCUCAUAGAAUCAAGGCUUCGGGUCCAACAUCUGGCAGGAGACAAAUGGAGAUUGUAUAUGAUCCUGAUGAGAGGGUAAAUAAAUUGGCCGAUGAGGUGGAUAAGAACGCCGGCCUCUCAAGGCUCUCUCUCUUUUCGCCUUGUAAGGUUAACGUGUUUUUGAGGAUAACUGGGAAGAGAGAAGACGGGUUUCAUGAAUUGGCAUCUCUAUUUCAUGUAAUUAGUUUAGGAGAUACAAUCAAGUUCUCGUUAUCUCCGACUAAGACCAGAGAUCGGCUGUCAACUAAUGUGCCUGGUGUUCCGCUUGAUGACAAGAAUUUGAUAAUCAAAGCACUUAACCUUUACAGAAAGAAAACCGGCACCGAUAACUUCUUCUGGAUUCAUCUCGAUAAAAAGGUUCCAACUGGUGCUGGUCUUGGUGGUGGAAGCAGUAAUGCUGCAACUGCACUAUGGGCAGCCAAUCAAUUUAGUGGUUGUGUUGCUACUGAAAAGGAGCUUCAAGAAUGGUCUGGUGAAAUUGGCUCAGAUGUUCCUUUCUUUUUCUCAAAUGGAGCAGCAUACUGUACUGGUCGGGGUGAGGUUGUUCAAGAUAUUCCAAAUCCAUUGCCCUCGGACUUGCCUAUGGUUCUUAUAAAGCCGCAGGAAGCGUGCUCAACUGCUGAAGUUUAUAAGCGACUUCGGCUAGACCAAACUAGUUCAGUUGAUCCAUUGACAUUGCUUAGGGAAGUCACCCAGAAUGGCAUAUGUCAAGAUGUUUGUAUAAAUGAUCUAGAGCCUCCUGCAUUUGAAGUCCUGCCAUCUCUUAAAAAGUUGAAAAAACGAGUGCUUGCAGCUGGUUGUGGAGAGUAUCGUGCUGUUUUCAUGUCAGGAAGUGGAAGCACCAUUGUUGGUGUUGGUUCGCCCGAGCCUCCAUCUUUUAUCUAUGAUGACGAUGAUUACAACGAUGUGUUUGUAUCAGAGGCUUGCUUCCUCACCCGUCAAGAGAGCCAGUGGUAUACUGCACCCACUUCAUCAACAGCUUCUUUUGGUACAGAUUUACCCUCUGGAGCUGCAUCCGUUGAGUAGUUAUUAAACUUGUGCACCUUUUCUCCCCCAACCAUUGCUCAGCUGCAAAUUUUUGUGAACUCUGCAACUUUAUGUACCAGAGAUGCUGUCAAGAUGCUUCAUAGAGGAUUAUAACAAGAUCUCUUUUAUGCCUCAUUCAGUGGUCUAAGAACCUGCUAAAAGAAACAGAAUGUGAUGGCUAAGAUCCAACUUGAUUAGUUGGUUUUUCUUUAA